AUGUCAAACGUCAAAUCAUUUCGCGACCUAAUCGGUCUCCCCCCCUCCACAGCCUCAACCCAAGACUCAACCCUAAUUAUAAUCGAUGCUCAGAACGAGUACGCGACCGGCAACCUCCGCGUCGAACUCGUCUCCGAAACCCGCAAAGUAAUCUCCGACCUCCUAUCCCUCUACCGAAGCACCGGCAACGGCAAAAACAUCGUCCAUGUCGUGCACGAAGUACCAGCCGGAGCACCAGUCUUCACACCAGGAACACCCCUAGCAGAAGAAUUCAGCGAGCUCACCCCUCAGUCAGGUGAGAAGGUCGUGACGAAGCACUUUCCCAAUUCUUUCGCGCAGACCGAUCUCGAUGAGUAUCUGAAGGGGCUGGGGGAGGCAGGCAAGAAGAUCGUUCUCGUCGGGUAUAUGGCGCAUGUAUGUAUUUCCACUACUGCGAGGGCUGGAGCUGAGAAGGGGUAUGAUGUCAUUGUGGCCAGGGAUGCGGUUGGGGAUCGCAAUAUUCCCGGCGUUCAGGCGAAGGAUUUGGUUGAUACUGCGUUGUUUGAGCUGGCGGAUGCUUUUGCGACUGUUUUGUCGGCGGCGGAAAUUCGAGCGUAG